AUGAGUAAAGAAGAGUUCAUGAAGAUCCAGACUUGUGUUCUUAAAGUGAACAUACACUGUGAUGGUUGUAAGCAGAAAGUCAAGAAGAUCUUACAGAAAAUCGAAGGUGUUUUCACGACCAAGAUUGACUCAGAGCAAGGGAAAGUGACUGUCUCUGGGAGCGUAGAUCCCUCAGUUCUCAUCAAGAAGCUCGCCAAAUCUGGUAAACAUGCUGAAAUCUGGGGAGCUCCAAAGGGUAACAACAAUCCGAACCAGUCCUAUUUGGCCAAUCAGUUGAAGGGAAUGCAGAUUGACAAUGGAAAAGGCGGCGGCGGCGGCGGAAACAAUAACAAUAACAAGAAAGGCCCGAAGAACGGAGGAGGAGGAGGCGGUGGUGGAGGAGGUGGCGGCGGUGGCGGCGGUGGCGGUGGAGGUAACAGUAAUGCGCCAAAGAUGGGUCAGCAACUGAGUCCACAACAGAUUCAGCAGCUUCAACAGAUUCAGAAGAUGAAAGGGUUUCAAGAUCCGAAGCUUCCUCCUCAGUUAAAGGAUUUGAAGGGCUCUGUUCCUGCGAACAAGAAUCAAAACCAGAAAGGAGUGAAGUUCGAUGUUCCUGAGGAUGAUGAGGAUGAUUUUAGUGAUGACGAAUUCGAUGAUGAGUUUAGUGACGAUGAUGACGACGAGUUUGAUGAUGAUGAGUUUGAUGAUCUCCCUCCUCUGCCUAGUAAGAUGAAGCCCAACGUGAUGAUGCCUAACGCUCAACAGAUGAUGAUGAUGAACGCUCAAAAGAACGCCAAUCUUGGCAGUAUCCCUGGUAAAAACGGCGGUAAGGGAGUUCCCGGCGGUGGCGGCGGCAAAGGUGGUCCUAGUGGUGGCGGCGGUGGUGGUAAUCAAAACCAAGGCGGAGGCAAGAAUGGAGGUAAAAGCGGUGGUGGUGGACAUCCACAAGACGGUAAGAACGGCGGUGGAGGCGGCGGUGGUCCAAACGCCGGAAGGAAAGGUAACGGCGGGGGUGGGCCCUUGCCUGGAGAACUUCCGACCGGUUUACGUCCCAUGGGAGGCGGAGGACCGCAAAACAUGAGCAUGUCUAUGGGUGGUCCAAUGGGUAUGGGCGGUCCGAUGGGGAACAUUCCGGCGGUUCAGGGAUUACCAGCGACGGGUCCAGGCGGUGCACCACCGGGUUACUUCCAAGGAGGCGGGGCAGAUCCGAUGCAAAUGCAGCAACAACAGUACUUAGCAGCGGUUAUGAAUCAGCAACGAGCUAUGGGAAACGAGCGGUUCCAACCAAUGAUGUACGCAAGGCCACCACCGGCGGUUAACUACAUGCCACCACACCCGCACCCGCACCAGUAUCCGAACCCGUAUCCAUACCCGUACCCGUAUCCACCUCAUGGGAAUGAUCAGUAUUCUCAUGUCUUUAGCGACGAGAACACAUCAAGCUGCGAUAUUAUGUGA